GGGUCCUUAAAGAUUAUAGAGGUGUGGAAUGGUUGGGUUGGAUAGGUCCUUAAAGAUCCUAGAACCAUGGAAGAGUUUGGUUGUGCCGAAGGGGUCCUUAAAGAUUAUAGAGCUGUAGAAUGGUUGGGUUGGACGCCACCCCAAAGCCCAGAGCAGCCGGCGCUCUGCCAGGACCUGCGCUCACCUCCCUUUUUCCCCCGCAGCGGGUACGCGUACACCCGUCCGGAGGCCAGCAACGAGCUGGACAUGGACCUCGGGGAGGAGGACACGGAGGAGAGCGGAGACCCCCACGACCCCGAGAGCGGCAGCAUCGAGGAGGACAGGUUGCAGGUGAUCUGCAUGUGAGAUCCCGGAGCCGCUCCUGCUCUGCACACACACACACACACACACA